AUGGCCGUCGCAAAGGGACAGCCUCCUAAGGCGUCCGCUCCGGCAUCGCGCAACACCGUAGCCAAACCAUCGAAGAAGAGCUAUGCAUCGGAAGGAGUCAAGGACAAUGAUAUCUUUCUGCUCCCCGCGGAAGACUAUCAAGUCAUGGGCGCAAUGACAGCCCUCGCUUUCGCCGUUAGGCUGUUCCGCAUCUAUCAGCCAUCAAGCGUCGUGUUUGAUGAAGUCCACUUCGGCGGUUUCGCAUCGAAAUACAUCAAGGGCAAGUUCUUCAUGGAUGUUCACCCACCGCUAGCGAAGCUCCUCAUCACUCUGGCUGGCUGGCUGGCUGGCUUCGACGGCUCGUUCGACUUCAAGGACAUCGGAAAAGACUAUCUCGAACCAAAAGUACCAUAUGUUGCCAUGCGCCUGCUCCCGGCCGUUUUGGGCGUCCUGACCAUUCCCUGUAUGUUCCUCACACUGAAGGCAUACGGCUGUAAGACGAUCACGGCCGCGCUAGGCACGGCGUUGCUCAUCUUUGAGAAUGCUUUGACUACUCAAUCACGGCUGAUCCUCCUCGACUCGCCUCUUCUCAUCUGCACCGCAGUCACUGCCCUGGCAUGGACCUGCUUCAACAAUCAACAUGAACUCGGCCCAGAGCGCGCUUUCGAUCCGACUUGGUGGUUCUGGCUGGCAGCAACGGGUGUCGGUCUUGGUGCUACUGUGUCGGUCAAGUGGGUCGGUCUCUUCACCAUUGCAUGGAUUGGCAGCUUGACUCUACUCCAGCUGUGGGGUCUUCUGUCUGAUCAUCAUCCGGUCGCGUUCUACGUGGGCAUGUUUGGAAUUCACUUCUUGUGCCUGGUCAAUCCCGGCGAUGGUGAUGGAUUCAUGUCAUCCGAAUUCCAAGCCACACUCAACAACAAGGGUAUGGCAGACACUCCAGCCGACGUUGCACUCGGCAGCGAGGUCAGCAUCCGUCAUCACAACACUCAGGGAGGCUAUCUGCAUUCACAUGCUCACAUGUACCCAGCUGGAAGCAAGCAGCAACAAGUCACUUUGUACCCUCACAAAGAUGAGAACAACAUCUUCUUACUGGAGAACCAGACUCAGCCGGUGACUGCUAACAACGAAACUGUCGCUGGAUAUCGAGCCUGGAGCAACGAGACCAAUUUCAUCAAGGACGGCGAUGUCAUUCGGCUAUACCAUCUGACAACGCACCGACGCAUCCAUUCACAUGACGUUCGCGCUCCUGUCAGCGAGGCCGACUGGCAACAAGAGGUCAGUGCUUAUGGAUAUGAGGGCUUUGAGGGCGAUGCCAAUGACAUGUUCCGUGUUGAGAUCGUCAAAUCGAUGUCUGAUGGCGAACUGGCCAAACAGCGCCUGCGGACCAUUCAGACCAAGUUCAGGUUGAUUCACAUCAUGAGCGGCUGCGCACUCUUCUCUCAUAAGGUCAAGCUCCCAGAUUGGGGCUUUGAGCAGCAGGAAGUCACUUGUGCCAAACAAGGUACACUUCCCAACAGUAUCUGGUACAUUGAACAGAACUUCCACCCUGCCAUCGGUCCUGAUGCCGAGAAGGUCAACUAUCGCAAUCCUGGGUUCCUCGGCAAGUUCUGGGAGUUGCAGAAGGUCAUGUGGCGCACGAAUAAGGGCUUGACCGAGUCUCAUGCUUGGGAUUCGCGCCCACCAUCUUGGCCUACUCUGCGACGGGGCAUCAAUUUCUGGGGCAAGGAUCAUCGCCAAAUCUAUCUUCUCGGUAACCCUGUGGUCUGGUACGCUUCAACAUUGGCCAUCGCUGCUUAUGUUGUCUUCAAGGCUCAUCAACUUCCGCCGCUUCGACUACGAGAUUGGCCAGACUGUCCUUGGCUGGGCAUUCCACUACUUUCCGUUCUACCUUAUGGCUCGACAGCUUUUCUUGCAUCACUACCUUCCGGCACUUUAUUUCGCAUCAUGGCUUUCUGCCAAUUUUACGACUUCUUCUUCAUGCGAAUUCGCACAUUUGGCCUUCGGGAUGUACCAAUAGUCGGCAAGACGUUUGCGGCGGUCCUCGUGCUGGCCGCUGUCUUCGUAUUCACACUGUAUGCACCCCUAACCUACGGCAACCAAUGGACGAAGACGCAGUGCAAGGCGGUCAAACUCAUUGACACAUGGGACUUUGACUGCAAUACAUUCCACGAUGAUUACAAGAGUUACAACACGCCGCCCAGCCUGUCCGCUGGCGGAGCUACGCCAACAUCUGGCGCCGCUGUUGCAGCAGGCUCGUCCGAGGCUAUGCCGGCUGAAGCUGUGACGCCCAAGAAGGAUGAGGCGAAUAUCAUCAACCGAGAGGAGACCAUUGAGUACAGAGACCAGGACGGGAAUCUGCUCGAUGAAGCCGCCGUUCAGCAGCUGCUUGCGGAAGGCAAAGCCAAGUUUGAGACCAAGUAUGAGACCCGCACUAGAGUCGUUGACGAGGCUGGCAACGAAGUGAAAAACGCACCCGACCAUCCCGAUGAGCAAGGUCAGAACCCAAACACAAAGGGAGUUCCUGCAGGCAAGGGCCAGAUUGAGCCCGCGCAGGCCCAAGCUGAGGCAGGGUCGGUCGAGGGCGCAGGAAGGAUGGAGGCUCAACCUGCUAGUGAUGCGAACGAGGCUACGAAGUAA